UCCUCGAUGACUCUACAGUUUUCAGUGCCCAGGCCUUCAUAUUCCAAGACCAGGGAGAGCCUAGUAAAAGCUAUUCCACCUAAAAUCAUCUGUAUUCUGACCUGUGGGGGGAGGGACUGCCGCUAUGAGGGUCCAGGAUGCUGGAGUAUGAGCCAGCAGGCCAUUAAAGGCGUCUUCUCCAGCUGGGUGACCGAUGACAUCAUUGCGAUGGCAAGACCUUCUACAUACCUCAUCAAGAGAUACAGCAUCCUAGAGCAGUUCAAACAGAUGAACAUUAAAUCCAUCAUUAAUAUGCAGCUGCCAGGUGAGCAUGCUCACUGCGGUCCUCCUCUGGAGUCUGACAGCAACUUCACUUAUUCACCUCAGAUUUUCAUGGACAACAAAAUUUACUUCUACAAUUUUGGCAUGUCUGAUUUUGGAGUCUUGUCUCUGGAUGGGAUUUUGGAUGCUGUGAAGGUUCUGGCCUUCUCUGUGCAGGAAGGGAAAGUGGCUGUACACUGCCAUGCUGGGUUGGGCAGGACAGGUGUUCUGAUUGCAUGCUAUCUGGUCUACACCUGUCGGAUCAGCGCUAGUGAAGCUGUCCACUACGUCCGGAUCAAACGACCCCGCUCAAUUCAGACCCGUGCACAGAUAAGCUUAGUGUUUGAUUUUGCCCGGCUGAUGGGCUCUAAGUUAACCCAGUACCCAUGUCUGAACAUGCGCUACGGAUUUACCUUCAGUCUUCAGCAGUACCUCCAGCAUCAGGCCUUUCUGCUGCACAGGGAAGAGGCUCGAACCCUCACAUACACGCCUAAGAUCAUACACGUGUUAUGCAGCAUGCUGACGGCUCUAACACAAAGUGAACCCAAUCCCCCUGAAGUUCAGAGAGAACUGGAAAAACGAGUGACCAUUCUGGCUCUGAGAAAGGCCGUGACGGACACUCUUUCAAAAAGAAACCUGACAGCUUUGAUGGAAAGAAGAGGAUCCUGCAGAACGUUAUCCUGCAAGUCCUGGGACGAACCAUUCGGGUUCUUGGAAAGGAAGAGGGAAAUCCUACUUAACAAGCGAAGCUACAGCGAAUCAGAUCUCAGCAAAAUUAUCAUCAUUGAGGAUUUCACACCGUACUCAACUCAAUUUGAUGCACACCAUCAUGUCCGCAACGGAGAAAUCCAUCAAUCAAGAGAUCAGAAAAUGACCCAACAGAAAUCUGUUCAGUGUAAUGGACUGAAUGAGAAACACGGCACUAUUCCACCAUCAGAGACUGUCAACAAGAAGACUAAAUGUACAGCGAAGAAACCUCAGGCUUUCUUAAAGUUCAGCUCAAACGUAGAGCUUCAGAGGGACUGUCAUACAACAGAGCAAUCAUCACUAUCCAAAUCCGUCGCUCAGGCAAUGGCACAACAGCGCCCUCUAUCGGACACGGUACUGAAAAGGGCAGAAGUUUUACAGGACGAGCUCAACUCAAACGAAUGCGGCUGGGCUUUGCUGGUCCUGGAGGAGAAUCCAAACGUUCUGAGCACACUCUUAUGGAGCUGGCUGGAUAAACUAAAGGAACCUAUUCUGAAUAAAGAUGACACAGAGAAGCUGACUGCUUCCUGGCCUGCACAAAACCCCCUGAACACGCUGCAUAAGGCCGAGCGGCACACCAUCUACUGUUUGCUGGUCUGUGUGGGUCAUGUAGUGGUUCCCUGUCCACAGUAUGAACAUAGAAUCCUACAAAGACUCAUUCAAGCUUUAACAAGACGCCCUCCGGUGGAAAUCGAGAGACACAACACCCUGUUGCAGGUCUUCAGAGGUGCAAUGAAAGAGCUGCACCUGAAUAAACACCACUCAAAUAUUAAUACUAUAUAA